AUGCUUAUAAGCAACGAAUAUCCCGAGGGACCUUUCUGCUUGGUUUACAUGCAUAGCACAGUGCAUAAAGAUGAAAACUCACCGGGCAUUACCAUCUUAAGAUGGAUUUACGAGGACCUUCCUUCAGACAUCAAAGACAGACUUCAAGUUGUUUACUUCAUCCACCCUGGUCUUCGUUCAAGACUCGUCAUUGCCACUCUUGGUCGCCUUCUUCUAAGUGGAGGACUGUACUGGAAGAUCAAGUAUGUGAGCAGGUUGCAGUACCUUUGGGACGAGAUAAAGAAAGGCGAGGUGGAAAUUCCCGACUUUGUGAACAACCACGACAAUGUGCUCGAGCAUAGACCGUUAACGGACUAUGGAAUCGAACCGGAUCCUUUUCAGUUAACCGAGGUUCAAUCUUCACCGUUCUCGCUUAACCGUUACGAGAACAGAUGGGUCUCAUAG